AUGGGAAUCCCCUGUGCAGUGCUUGCUUUCUGCAUUGCAAUCGCAUUCUUGUUGUUGAGUCCCCGCGGCGUUUAUGGAAGAAGCCAUUUCCACAAGGGGAAGCAAAGUCACAGAGGCAGAAGUGGUGGUCGAACAAUGGAGUCACAAGUCGGCUCCCCUUCGGUUCCGCCUACAGAAGACACUUCCACCGUAAUCUCUCCACCUUCCGAUGAGGGCUCUGACUCCUGCAUUUUCGACGUCCGAUCGUUUGGCGCGGUCGGCGACGGCAGCACCGACGACACAGAAGCGUUCCGUUCAGCAUGGAAGGCUGCUUGCGAGGUCGAGUCGGCCACGCUGCUCGUGCCAGCGGACGGAGUCUUCAUGCUCACUUCCACUAUCUUCUCCGGCCCGUGCCAGCCAGGACUCGUCUUCCAGGUGGAUGGAGUGAUCAUGCCGCCGGACGGCCCCAACUGCUGGCCGAAGAAGGACAGCAAACGGCAAUGGCUGGUGUUCUACGAGCUCGAAGGGAUGACUUUGGGAGGAGAAGGAACCGUGGAGGGGAACGGAGAAGAGUGGUGGAAACUCCCUUGUAAGCCUCACCGAGGUCCCAACGGAUCGACAUUGCCCGGAACUUGCGACAGCCCAGCGUUGAUCAGGUUCUUCAUGAGCUGCAAUGUGACAGUGCGCGACCUGAGAAUCGAGAACAGCCCCCAAUUUCACAUCAAGUUCGACGGCUGCGAGGGCGUCCAUAUCGAAGGCCUGUCCAUCAACUCCCCGGCGUUCAGCCCCAACACCGAUGGCGUCCAUAUCGAGAACACCCGGUCGGUUGCCAUAUACAACUCCAUGAUCAGCAACGGCGACGACUGCAUCUCAAUCGGCCCCGGCUGCGCCGACGUGGACAUCCAGAACGUCACCUGCGGCCCUGGGCACGGCAUCAGGUAUUGGAACUAUCAUCGUGAAAUUCCGUCGAGCAUUUUAUCGGGCACUGCUAAUUUAGGGGAAAAUUGCUGGAACAGCAUCGGGAGCUUGGGGAUGCACAACUCGCAGGCGUGCGUAUCGAACGUGACGGUGAGAAACGCGGUGAUCCGGAACUCGGACAACGGGGUGCGAAUCAAGACGUGGCAAGGGGGAAUGGGGGCGGUGUCAGGGAUCAGCUUCGACACGGUGUACAUGGAGAACGUGAGGAACUGCAUCAUCAUCGACCAGUACUACUGCUCCAACAAAGGCGUAUGCUCGAACCAGAGCUCGGCGGUGUACGUCUCCGGCGUGUCUUACUCCAACAUCAAGGGGACGUACGACGUCCGAAGCCCGCCGGUGCACUUCGCCUGCAGCGACACGCUUCCCUGCACCAACAUCACGAUGGUCGAGGUGGAGCUGCUGCCGCACGAAGGGGAACUGGUCGACGACCCCUUCUGCUGGAAUGCCUACGGCGCGAUGCAGACCGCCACCAUCCCGCCGAUCGACUGCCUCCAGGACGGCCAGCCGGAGGCCCUCCGGGAGAUGCCAAACCUAGGUUGCUAAUCAUUGGACCGGGUUCAUCGAAUCGGGCCGCACUUAGAUCCGCAUUUUUGCGGUCAGUUGAACCGCUCUUCUGUUGUAGAUCUACUAUUAUAUUAUAUAUGCUCCCCUCCCUUCUUUGGGUUGAGCCGGAGAACGUGGAGCCUAUUCAAUUUAAAAGACAAUGACAAACUCUCAUACAAUUGUUACCCUCUGUUUGGGAGGAUGUUUGGGAGGAGGUGACUGAAAGAAAGGGUAGGAUAAAUAGGGGAAGGAGAAUUUUGAUCCUUAUUUAGGAGGGAGUGAGUUACGGAGGAAAAUUAGUGAAGUUUUUUAAGUCCCAAUUUGGGAUAAAGAAG